UGCCAAAUGCUGUUAAAUCAACUGAGAGAAAUCACAGGCAUUCAGGACCCUUCCUUUCUCCAUGAAGCUCUGAAGGCCAGUAAUGGUGACAUUACUCAGGCAGUCAGCCUUCUCACUGAUGAGAGAGUUAAGGAGCCCAGUCAAGACACUGUUGCUACAGAACCAUCUGAAGUAGAAGGGAGUGCUGCCAACAAGGAAGUAUUAGCAAAAGUGAUAGACCUUACUCAUGAUAACAAAGAUGAUCUUCAGGCUGCCAUUGCUUUGAGUCUAUUGGAGUCUCCCAAAAUUCAAGCUGAUGGAAGAGAUCUUAACAGGAUGCAUGAAGCAACCUCUGCAGAAACUAAACGCUCAAAGAGAAAACGCUGUGAAGUCUGGGGAGAAAACCCCAAUCCCAAUGACUGGAGGAGAGUUGAUGGUUGGCCAGUUGGGCUGAAAAAUGUUGGCAAUACGUGUUGGUUUAGUGCUGUUAUUCAGUCUCUCUUUCAAUUGCCUGAAUUUCGAAGACUCGUUCUCAGUUAUAAUCUGCCACAAAAUGUACUUGAAAAUUGUCGAAGUCACACAGAAAAGAGAAAUAUCAUGUUUAUGCAAGAGCUUCAGUAUUUGUUUGCUCUAAUGAUGGGAUCAAAUAGAAAAUUUGUAGACCCGUCUGCAGCCCUGGAUCUAUUAAAGGGAGCAUUCCGGUCAUCUGAGGAACAGCAGCAAGAUGUGAGUGAAUUCACACACAAGCUCCUGGAUUGGCUAGAGGACGCAUUCCAGCUAGCUGUUAAUGUUAACAGUCCCAGGAACAAAUCUGAAAAUCCAAUGGUGCAGCUGUUCUAUGGUACUUUCCUGACUGAAGGGGUUCGUGAAGGAAAACCCUUUUGUAACAAUGAGACCUUUGGCCAGUAUCCUCUUCAGGUAAACGGUUAUCGCAACUUAGACGAGUGUUUGGAAGGGGCCAUGGUGGAGGGUGAUGUUGAGCUUCUUCCCUCUGAUCACUCAGUGAAGUAUGGACAAGAGCGUUGGUUUACAAAGCUACCUCCAGUGUUGACCUUUGAACUCUCAAGGUUUGAGUUUAAUCAGUCCCUUGGGCAGCCAGAGAAAAUUCACAAUAAGCUGGAAUUUCCUCAGAUUAUUUAUAUGGACAGGUACAUGUACAGGAGCAAGGAGCUUAUUCGAAAUAAGAGAGAGUGUAUUCGAAAGUUGAAGGAGGAAAUAAAAAUUCUGCAGCAAAAAUUGGAAAGGUAUGUGAAAUAUGGCUCAGGCCCAGCUCGGUUCCCGCUCCCGGACAUGCUGAAAUAUGUUAUUGAAUUUGCUAGUACAAAACCUGCCUCAGAAAGCUGUCCACCUGAAAGUGACACACACAUGACAUUACCACUUUCUUCAGUGCACUGCCCAGUUUCUGACCAGACAUCCGAGGAAAGUACAAGUACAGAAAGCUCUUCUCUGGAUGUGGAAAGUACCUUUUCUUCUCCUGAAGAUUCUCUACACAAGUCUAAACCACUGACAUCUUCUCGGUCUUCCAUGGAAAUGCCUGCACAGCCAGCUCCACGAACAGUCACAGACGAGGAGAUAAACUUUGUUAAGACCUGUCUUCAGAGGUGGAGGAGUGAGAUUGAACAAGAUAUACAAGAUUUAAAGAAUUGUAUUGCAAGUACUACUCAGACUAUUGAACAGAUGUACUGCGAUCCUCUCCUUCGUCAGGUGCCUUAUCGCUUGCAUGCAGUUCUUGUUCAUGAAGGACAAGCAAAUGCUGGACACUAUUGGGCCUAUAUCUAUAAUCAGCCCCGACAGAGCUGGCUCAAGUACAAUGACAUCUCUGUUACUGAAUCUUCCUGGGAAGAAGUUGAAAGAGAUUCCUAUGGGGGCCUGAGAAAUGUUAGUGCUUACUGUCUGAUGUACAUUAAUGACAAACUACCCUACUUCAAUGCAGAGGCAGCCCCUAAUGAAUCAGAUCAAAUGUCAGAAGUAGAAGCCCUAUCUGUGGAACUCAAGCAUUACAUUCAGGAGGAUAACUGGCGGUUUGAGCAGGAAGUAGAGGAGUGGGAAGAAGAGCAGUCUUGCAAAAUCCCUCAAAUGGAGUCCUCCACCAACUCCUCAUCACAGGACUUCUCUACAUCGCAAGAGCCUUCAGUAGCCUCUUCUCAUGGGGUUCGCUGCUUGUCAUCUGAGCAUGCUGUGAUUGUAAAGGAGCAAACUGCCCAGGCUAUUGCAAACACAGCCCGUGCCUAUGAGAAGAGCGGUGUAGAAGCGGCACUGAGUGAGCUUAAAGAAGCUGAACCCAAGAAGCCCAUGCCCCAGGAAACAAACCUUGCAGAGCAGUCAGAACAGCCCCCAAAGGCUAAUGAUGCAGAGUCUACUGCCCAGCCUAAUUCUGAGGUGAUGCUGAGCCCUGCCAUGCAAGGGGUCAUCCUGGCCAUAGCUAAAGCCCGUCAGACCUUUGACCGAGAUGGGUCUGAAGCAGGGCUGAUUAAGGCAUUCCAUGAAGAAUACUCCAGGCUUUAUCAGCUUGCCAAAGAGACCCCCACCUCUCACAGUGAUCCUCGACUUCAACAUGUCCUUGUCUACUUUUUCCAAAAUGAAGCACCUAAAAGGGUAGUAGAACGAACCCUACUGGAACAGUUUGCAGAUAAAAAUCUUAGCUAUGAUGAAAGAUCAAUCAGCAUUAUGAAGGUGGCUCAAGCGAAACUGAAGGAAAUUGGUCCAGAUGACAUGAAUAUGGAAGAGUACAAGAAGUGGCAUGAAGAUUAUAGUUUGUUCCGAAAAGUGUCUGUGUAUCUACUAACAGGCCUAGAACUCUAUCAAAAAGGAAAGUACCAAGAGGCACUUUCCUACCUGGUGUAUGCCUACCAGAGCAAUGCCGCCCUGCUGAUGAAGGGGCCCCGCCGGGGGGUCAAGGAAUCCGUGAUUGCUCUAUACCGAAGAAAAUGCCUUCUGGAGCUGAAUGCCAAAGCAGCUUCUCUCUUUGAAACAAAUGAUGAUCACUCUGUAACUGAGGGCAUUAAUGUGAUGAAUGAACUGAUCAUCCCCUGCAUUCACCUUAUCAUUAAUAAUGACAUUUCCAAGGAUGACCUGGAUGCCAUUGAGGUCAUGAGAAACCAUUGGUGCUCUUACCUUGGGCAAGAUAUUGCAGAAAAUCUGCAGCUGUGCCUAGGGGAGUUUCUACCCAGACUUUUAGAUCCUUCUGCAGAAAUCAUCGUCUUGAAGGAGCCUCCAACUAUUCGACCCAAUUCUCCUUAUGACCUAUGUAGCCGAUUUGCAGCUGUCAUGGAGUCAAUUCAAGGAGUUUCAACUGUGACAGUGAAAUAAGCUCCCACAUGUUCAAGGCCAUUUUGGUUUCUGGCUGCCUGCCUCUUGCACAGAAGUUCGUUGUCACAGUGCUCACCUUGGGAAGAGCAUUAGAUGGGCACAUAAGAUUCCGAUUCAGACCCCAACCAUGCUGCAUGUGUAAAGAAGGAUUGAAAAUAAAAUUGCACUUUUUAGGUACAAAAUUAUAAAAGCUAUUUCACUAGAAAAGGCAGAAAGCAGUGUAUUAAGGUGUUGAAUUACGCCAGAAGACCUGAAAUGCCUUGUACCUACAACAAUGCUUAGGCUUUUCUAAGCCUCUUGCCACUUUUAAAAUUAUCCUUCAGGCAUAAAUAUUUUGGACAGCAGAAUAGAAGAAUGAUUCAUGAGAACCUAAACCAGACGAACAUCUACUAGUUAUUUUAUCAAAUACAGAUGACAUUUAAAAAUUCUUAACUGCAAGAGAUUAGAAAUACAAACCUUGCCUGACUCUUGACAGGAGAUGACAAAAUGGGUUGCUGAUGAACCGCGCCCUUUUAUAUGUGGGUAGAAUAUAAGAUCACAUGGCAGUAAGAUGUUGAAAAGUCAAAAGAGACCUGUCUCUCUCCUUUCUUUUCUAUCUUUUAAAUAAACCAGAAAACCUCAUACUCAGUCCUCAGUGAAAGAAAGGAAAACGUUAAGGACUUUAGACAGAACAGCAUUGUGUAACUUGACUGAAGAUCAUGCAUUAAUAGUUGUUAGGCAUUUAGGUAAAAUUUUCUAAUACCUAAAAAUUGUCAAAAACAGUCGAUAAGGCUUCUGCUGGCCCAAAGACUAUUUUGGUUCACCUCCUCUUUUUUGCUCUUUUUUUUUUUUUUCUGAGACAGUCUCACUGGGUCGCCCAGGCUGGCGUUCAGUGGCGCAGUCUCAGCUCGCUGCAAACUCCGUCUCCUGGGCUCAAGUGAUUCUCGUGCCUCAGUCUCCCGAAUAGCUGGAAUUACAGGCAUGUGCCACCACACCUGGCUAAUUUUUGUAUUUUUAGUAGAGAUGGGGUUUCACCAUAUUGGCCAGGCUGAUCUCUAACUCCUGGCCUCACGUGAUCCACCUGCCUCAGCCUCCCAAAGUCUGGGAUUGCAGACGAGCCACCAUACCCGGCCUUCUUUUUUGCCCUUAAAAGUAAGGGAUGUGGGUUUGUUUAAAAAAACAAAAAAAAAACAAAAAAAAAAAGCGAAAGAAAAAAGCAGCAUACAUAUGCAAAACUAUAUAUAUGUAUAUGUAGAGAAAAAUACUUCCCACUGAUCAUUUUUAAAAGGCUUCUGAUUGGAUAUUGUGUUUUAACCAAAUUUUAAAGAUUAAUGGAAUCAUGAAAGGGAAGAACUCUUGAUACAACUAUGCAGAUUUUAUAAAUGUGCAAUAAAAGUAUUUGUUUUA